AUGACUGCACGAAUGCCUCGCAGCACGCGUGCUGGCGGAGCAGACGAACUCGACGUCUGGCUUGUCUGGUGCUUCGAGCAUUGCUUCAAAAGUGAACAUGGGCAGGUACGCAAAGAGCUGGAGCAUCUUGCGGCCAUGUUUGGUUGCAAGUUCACCUGCUUUAAGAAGUCCACCGGCUUUCUGAGCUGGCUUGAUGGGGAUGAUGGGGUGCACGCCAGGGCUCUUCUUGUGGCAGACUGGCGGGAAGCAAAGCCCACCAUCGAAGAGCUCAGCAGGAGAAGCGACCGCCGCGAUGUCCGAACGUGCAUGGUCGCACAGACGGAGAAGGCGUUUCGCAACGCGUCCCUCUUCGCCAGUCGGCAGAGAACAGGAGCCCAGCUCCUGGUGACACUGGGCUUUUCCCGGGAGGCCGUGCAGAAGUUUGUCUCAUCUUACAUACACACCCAUGCGACGUCACCGUCGCCGGUGCCCACGCCAGAUGAGACGUUAGGGUUCUCUCUGCCCAGUCUUAUCAAGGCCGUUCAGGACCCCAUCACGGCUGCCAGGCUGGAGCAACUCAUCCAGCGAACCAUGUGGCAAGUUUACGAGGACUGA